CGGUUGGCUUGUAAAGCAAAUAUAUUAUUUUUACUGUUUUAUCACUUUUACAUGUUCCAGGACCCCACUUUACCUCUUCUUAUUCUCAAGUCUCAAUGCUUGUAGCUACCUACCAGAUCCUCAAGAGACUAUGAUGGAUUCAACAAGCAGCAUUAUGAAAUUCUACAUUCUUGCCUUAUCCACAUAUCAAGUGCUCGUAGCCUCAAGUCCCUUUGGUUUAAGUGAUAGAGCCAGGAUUACUCCUAGUCUUGGACGUUACCAGCGUUUACGACUCCUGCAAGUUGAAUCAACUAGUCCAGAAAGCUCUUUUCCAUAUGGAACUUAUACUUCUCCUCCUCUUCUUUCAGGAGUUGUACCACCAGUUAAUCCUCAAAUUAACUCUCCUCCAUUGGGGAUAUCCUCUCCUCCUGCUCCUUUGAAGUCCGUGCCACCAAGUCCACAAAACUCAUCUCCAUAUGGGACAAUCACUCCUCCUCUUACUCCUGCUGCUAUGCCAACACCUUUACUUCCCACUCUUCCACCACCAUCUCCAACUGCACAAACCCCACAGCAUAAUGCACCUAAGCCACCAGCAGUUAAUCAGCCACCACCGAACAGUAGUCAUUCAUCGACACCACCUCCUUCUAAGAAACCUGAAAAUGCCAUCUGGUGUGUGGCUAAGCCAACGGUACCAGCAGACUUGAUUCAGCAGGCAUUGGACUAUGCUUGUGGUUCUGGUGCUGGUUGUGAUGCCAUACAACCCAAUGGGGCGUGUUACCAGCCGACUACUCUGCUUUCUCAUGCUUCUUAUGCUUUCAAUAGCUACUGGCAGAAAAAGAAGCAGGGUGGAGGAACUUGUGACUUUGGAGGCACUGCCAUGCUAGUCACUGUUGAUCCAAGUUAUAAUCAGUGUCUUUUCACGUACAACUGAUCUUUGAAGACAACACUUGACAAGACGUAGAUGAUGUUUCUGCAUAUGUUAUUUUCUAUUUACUACAGAUAAGACUCUAGUAGCCUUUUUGUUUCUUUGUGCUUCUUUAAUGUAGAGGAACUCCAUGGUGAUGUACUGCUACUUCACAAUUUAUAUGAUACAUAAUUCAGUUAAACGAGAAGAAUUUAUCUGAAUGAAGAAAUUAAACCAGAAA